AUGACAACAAUUGAAGAAGAUGUAGAUGAUCUUGGCAUUUACAGUUUGGAUCCAGUUUUAGAAAGAUUUAAAGGUCACCUGAAAUACAGAUCUCAGAAAUAUGUGGAACAGAAAAUGUUGAUUGAGAAACAUGAGGGAAGCCUUGAGAACUUCGCACAAGGUCAAAUUUCUAUGCUGAAAUGUUUUAUAAUUUUCAUAUUUGUUACUCGAGUAAAAUACUAAUUUGAGUAGAAACCCAGAAAGAAUGUAUAGCUCUUAAACUCCUUUUUGGGUGACAGUACAUUAUUUAUGUCCCGAAUAAACCUUGGAAAGUAGAAUCGGCUGAUUCUGAUGUUGAUUGACUGAUUUGGAUUGCAACGAUUUCUCGCUGACGUUUCCGUGUAGGGAUAUAAUUAGUGAUUUUUACACAUCGAAAUCAGCCAUGGAACAUUGACCUCGACUAUGGUUAAAUGAGCCAGGGUUUACUGUUUUUAAUCCUCUCUGACUAGUUUAUGCACUGAUUCAGGUUUUAAUAACACCUAGGACUGCUACUUUUUGACAUCUUUAUUCACGGUUGCAUAUUGCCCUUCUUCAUUCUGUCAGUACACCCAAUCAAGACUCAGUCUGACUUAGGUUAAUUCGGAUAAUGUGGAUUGAUUUUUGAAGAUUCUGAUCCUCCAUGGACAUGAGCAUUGACUGAAUCACUAAUGAAAGCUCUUAAUAGAAGUGUUUUUGUAAAGUUUACUUGUUUGGGUUGAGGUGGCCUAGUUGCAGUUAUGCCUAUGUGAAUGAGUCAGUUUGAUUUGAGUCGAUUGUUUUGGUUGUGAACCCCAUGGGAUGCUGACUCAUCGAAUCUCGCUCUAUGUUUAGUCCUCAACUGCAGUACCAGUGAUAAGUUGGUUACUGUUAUGUUGUGCGGUUGAGUUAACCCUAAUACCAACUAUUUAGGCUCCCUGACAGCCUUAUCAGAAAGAUAGUUUGGUUAUAUGGUUUUAGCUAUGUUUUCAAUUUUUGUAUCCAUGUGAAUUAAUGCACCGGCUAAAGGAAAACUGGUACCACUGAAACACCACCGAAUUUUUCACUGAAUGCUUAGAUUCGUUUCUGGAUAGAUCAGUAAGAUACACUGGGAAGAUUGGAAUGAAAAAUUAUUUUACUCUUUCACAAACUAAGUUUGACCGUUUCUGAUGAAGAUAUCUGAAUGAUUUACUAUUCCUUUUAUAGGUUUUUUGAAGUUUGGAUUCAACAGAGAUGACGAUGGCAUUGUGUACCGGGAGUGGGCUCCAGCUGCACAGUCAGUGAGCUUGCUAUAUUUUAGUUUUUUAAUCAAUGUUUUCCUUUAUUUUAAACUUCCGUAGCUGAACCUUGUUUCUGGAGGGAGAGGUGCUGUAUGUUAAAGUUUUCUCCACGAUUGAUUAUAUAAUGUAGUGCAAAAGCACCCACAUUUUACAAGAGAAUAGUACACCACUGGUUUUCGAUAAAGCUGCUUAUUUUUUCUACGCAUCUGCAGAAUUGGUUCUCUUGAUUAGAAACAAGGAAAGAUAGCCCAUUCCCUUUUCAUGGGAGGAAUUAUACUUCAGUCAAUGUUUAAAUGUAUAUCGUGGAAACAUAGAUGGUAUCAUUAAAUUCACAGAUGGAUUUACGUAGGUUUUAAUCAACUGAAAAAGAGGAAGGAUCUUGCGCAUGAUAGAUUUCAUACAGGGCAGAAAGAUGAUCUAAGAAAAUUGAAGACAUAAAAUUUUGGUUCAUGGAUUGUAGUUGGUAGAGUUUGAUCAUUCUCGAUCAAGCUGUUAAGUGAGGUAUCCCUUCUUGUAAUUAUGAAAAAUGGAAAAAGAACAUCUGUCGGAGAUCUGCCAAAAGGAGUUGACUUCAUAAUAUCGUUGACUUGACUGGAUGGAUUUUUAGAAAGGACUAGUUAUAUAUGUAGGCCGCUCUUUUAAAAAUCUUGUUGUUUCAUCCAUUUUCGAUAAAUAUCUAUACAUAUAUCGAUGAAUUUGUAGCAGUGCAGCUGAUGUGAUCUAUUAUAAGGUAGGGUCCCAUUUCAAUUGUGCAUUUUGGGGAAAUGUACGCGCCAAGUAAUACAUAUUUAGGUGUUAUACAUCUAUAGAACUGUAGGUUCAAUCUUUCUGCACAACCUAUGUAACCGUUAACAUGGAAACUUUACAUGUCUCUGCAGGGAAGCACAGAUUAUUGGCGAUUUUAAUGGCUGGGACGGAUCCAAGUAUCAAAUGGAGAAAAAUAAAUUUGGUGUUUGGACAAUCAGGAUCCCAGAUGUUGGAGGAAAGCCAGCCAUUUCCCACAAUUCAAAGGUUAAAUUUCGUUUCAAACAUGGGAAUGGAAUCUGGGUCGAUCGAAUUCCUGCUUGGAUAAGAUAUGCCACUGUGGAUCCCUCAAGAUUUGCAGCACCUUAUGAUGGAGUUUAUUGGGAUCCUCCACCUUCAGAGAGGUCCGGCUACUCUCGUUUUAUUUAUAGAGUGAUUUACUGCGGCAUUUUAUGGUUUCAUCAUCCCGGACGAUGACACUUGUUACUCAACUGGUUUAUCUUUCUUAUGCAGGUACGAGUUUAAGUACGCACGUCCUGAAAAACCUAUGGCUCCUCGUAUCUAUGAAGCCCAUGUGGGCAUGAGUGGCUCAGAGCCACAGGUAAGCUCGUAUAGAGAGUUUGCAGACAAUGUCUUGCCUCGGAUACGAGCAAAUGAUUAUAACACGAUACAGCUAAUGGCCAUAAUGGAGCACUCAUACUAUGCAUCCUUUGGGUACCAUGUCACAAAUUUCUUCGCUGUUAGCAGCAGAUCAGGAACGCCAGAGGAUCUCAAGUAUUUGAUUGACAAGGCUCAUAGUCUAGGGCUGCGAGUCCUGAUGGAUGUGGUCCACAGCCAUGCAAGCAAUAAUGUCACAGAUGGGCUUAAUGGGUAUGAUGUCGGCCAAGGUUCCCAAGAUUCCUACUUCCACUCUGGGGACAGGGGUUACCAUAAACUCUGGGACAGCAGAUUGUUCAACUAUGCCAACUGGGAAGUUCUGCGUUUUCUCUUAUCCAACUUGAGAUGGUGGUUGGAAGAAUUCAGGUUUGAUGGUUUCCGGUUUGAUGGAGUGACUUCAAUGCUGUACCAUCACCAUGGAAUCGACAUGGGCUUCACCGGAAAUUACAAUGAAUAUUUCAGUGAGGCAACUGAUGUAGACGCUGUCGUUUACAUGAUGUUGGCAAAUUGCCUCGUUCAUAACCUCUUGCCGGAUGCAACUGUCAUUGCUGAAGAUGUUUCUGGUAUGCCUACGCUGUGUCGGCCCAUCUCGGAAGGUGGAGUGGGUUUUGACUACCGUUUGGCCAUGGCCAUACCAGACAAGUGGAUUAACUACUUGAAGAACAAAACAGAUGAUCGGUGGUCAAUGAAAGAUAUCGUUUCGUGCCUGACAAACAGGAGGUAUACCGAAAAGUGUGUAUCAUAUGCCGAAAGUCACGAUCAGGUAAUCAGUUCUGCGGGCAGAAUCCUCAUUCAUUAUUUUUCCGUCAUUUAGUUUCUGAUUGCACCGGCUGUGAAGCUUAUAAUCAGACGUUGAAAAACUGGAAGUUCUCCUAUGAAAAAAACUAAGGAGAAACGCCAUGAUUCCGAAUUCAAGGAGAAAUGUGAACUGUAAUGGGAUGAUUAACUUUUUUUUUAUCGCUUCUUUUCAGCUAGUUUUUCUGACCAUCAUCCGUUGACCGUUUCCUCCAGGCCAUUGUUGGAGACAAAACCAUUACAUUUUUAUUAAUGGACCAGGAGAUGUAUACUGGCAUGUCCGAUCUAAAGCCUCCGUCCCCUGUCGUUGAGCGCGGGAUCGCACUCCACAAGGUGAACGACUGUUUGCUCGUCAUGCACAUUUCUGAUUCCACAGUUGUAUUGGCGUCAUUGUUAUUUUUCUUGGAUACUUACUAUCUUUAGUACACGGAAAACCCUUUUGAGCAUCCAUCUUCUCACGCUGGGUAUGAGUCUGCAGAUGAUCCACUUUAUUACAAUGGCGCUGGGAGGCGAAGGCUAUCUCAAUUUCAUGGGAAACGAGGUGUGCUACUCCUUCUCUCCCUAGCCAAACUCUCUUCCCCUCGACAAGUUAUCCCUUGGAUCCGAUGUUUCCUGACUAUGGAGCCCCUCCCUUUGUCGUAGUUCGGCCAUCCCGAGUGGAUUGACUUCCCGAGAGAAGGUAAUGGCUGGAGUUAUGACAAGUGUCGCCGUCAGUGGAACCUCGUUGAUACAAGUCAUCUGAGAUACAAGGUCAACCAUACAUCCCCCCUUGAUCCGUGCCCUCAUCAACCCCCACCUCAUGCUAUAUUUAAUGUACUUUAUCAUGUCUGCCAAUGUUUAUGCCCUCGCUUAUGUUGGUUGUGAGGCAUAUCCUAUCUCUUUUAGUAAUUCCUUUUCUUUUUUUUUAUCCUGUUCUUUGAAAUCCACGCAGUACAUGAAUGCUUUUGAUCGAGCCAUGAAUGCGUUGGACGAGAAGUUCCUGUUCCUCGCAUCGACAAAGCAGAUUGUGAGCAGCGCUGACGAGGAGGACAAGGUCCGGUGGAGUUGACCUUUUGGGCGCUGUUAUCAGUCAAACCCUGCGAGUCCUGAUCUCUUGCCGUUCUUGCAGGUCAUCGUCUUCGAGCGCGGGGAUUUAGUUUUCGUGUUCAAUUUCCAUCCAGAGAACACCUACCAGGGGUAAGUAACCACCGUCUUCUCUCCCCUCCAGUUGACCCUUUCGAUAUGGUUGACCCUUCUUCCUUCUUCUCCCUCCGUACGAUGAAGGUACAAGGUCGGGUGUGACAUUCCUGGGAAGUACAGAGUUGCCCUGGACAGCGACGCACUCGAGUUCGGCGGGCUGGGCAGAGUAGGCGGCGAAAAUCUUAUUUCAUUAUUUUUGCUUUCUUGCAUUCUGAGAAUUCAUUCUGCGUGCUGCAGGUGGGUCACGACGUGGACCACUUCACCUCCCCAGAAGGCAUUCCCGGGGUGCGGGAGACGAACUUCAACGAUCGGCCCAACUCCUUCAGAGUCCUCUCGCCUGCUCGUACCUGCGUGGUGAGGAGAUGAUCUCUAUGAGAGGGGGAAUUGAAUGGGAGGUCGGCCGCAGCACGGCGUGGGUUGACCUCGCCUCCUGGAAUUUCGCAGGUGUACUAUAAGGUCAACGAGGAAUCGGAGGCGGACGACGGGGAGUUGACUGGCGCGGACGAAGACCACGAGAAGGCGGGCGUCGAGGACGCGGCGGACGCGACCGGCUUGAACAUCUUGGUGCCCGCCAUUGUGGCCGAGCUGGACGCAGACGAGGAUGAUGAUCCGGAUGAUGAUGAUGAAGACUACGAGAUGGACGGGGGAUGGGAAGACUGA